CUUCCCCAAACUGACCCCGCGAAAUGCUACCCCAUGUUUAAACUCUCCGGCCUGCCGGGUCCUCCUCCUCUCUACUUACUGCCGUUUAACUUUUAUCAUCACAUCUUCACUCAUGUCCAAUUGUAACCCAACCAUGCAAGAAUCGGAAACCCCAAGAUCAGCUCCAGCGCGAAGACGAGCUUCCAAAGCUUGUAUGAACUGUCGCGUCAGGAAAGUCCGCUGCGAUGUUGUCCGAAACCCAGAAAGGUGCGCCAACUGCGCUCUCGAUAACGCCGAAUGUACGGUCAUAGCCCGAAGAACCAAGUACCGUAAAAGACCUACGGUUAUACUGGGGAGGCCAAAACCCAUAACAUUUCGAAAUACUUUUCAACAGCAACAUGAAAGUAGAAGCGCUGCGGCCAUUAUUCCAGGCUCACCAAUCGAUUUCGGUCAACAUUCCUUUUUCUGUGAGAGUCGGUCGGAUCAUAGCCCUGAAAGCCCAUCAACUUGCUUCAAGGACAUUGAAGAGUCCACAGAGACAGCAUGCACUGACAACGUCAACCGGCUGCCAGCGACGACAGUCGAGGGAGAUCAUGCACUUCAAACUUUUAAAGCAACAGAGAACAUGAGAUCACGUCAAAACACAGGACCCAAUGCCCGAUCACACGUUAUAUACUCCUAUUACUCAUUCCUUACCCUUGACAUGUCUGGACUGGAUCCCGAUGAUGUUCACUAUCUUGAGUCUCGCAGCUGUUUGAGUGUUCCUACUUCUGACGCCCUGGAUGACUUUGUCCGAGAGUAUUUUCUCCACGUACAUCCUGGCCUUCCACUGUUGGACGAGGCCCAGUUUUGGGCAUUAUACUCUGGUGACAAGGAGCCUUGUGGCGAGUCGACAGUUUCGCUCUUGGUAUUCCAGGCAAUGCUAUUCGCUUCCUGCAGUUUCGUCCCUUUCUCGACAUUGAAAUGUCUUGGUUUCACCUCGAGACGCAAUGCUAGGGAGAAAUACUAUCGCCGCGCCAAGCUCCUCCUGGACAUCUGCAGUGGCAAAGAUCCUGCGGGGCAGGAGCGAGCAGACCAGGGCUCAGCUGAAACCAAUAGGUUGAAGCGGCUUUGGUGGUGUUGCAUAGUGCGAGAUAGAAUCUUACCUCUCGGCGUUCGAAGACAGUUGUAUAUUGCUUCGAUAAGUCCAACUCUGGAUCACCUGGCAGAACAGGACUUUGCGAAAGAGAUUCAAGAGUCGCAGGUAUACUCACCACAGACUAAGCGGAGUUUGGCCCAACUGUUUAUUAGCCUUUGUGAGCUGGCUAUUCCAUUCACCAGUGUUAUACAGACGGUCUAUGGGAUGGGACAAUCGGCUAUAGAUGCCAUAUCCCCAAUUAUCGAGAACCAAAGACACAUCGAAGAAUCCAUCAGGUUCUGUGAGACCAGUUUGGACGCCUGGUUCGAUAAGGCGACUAUCCAGUUCCCUACCCCUGCUGGAAUACUGAGCAGUGAGAAGUCUCUUGUUCUGUACACGAAUUUGAUGUACAUAUACUACUAUUCCGCCCGCGUCGCACUAUAUCAAUACAAAGCAUUUGUUGUUAGUCUUGCGUCUCCAGGAGCUGGUAUGGACAACAAGUUACACCAAACCCGGCACCACUUGGAGGAUGCUACAUUAGGGAUCACAGACAACCUUAAAGAGCUGGUUCAACUCAAAGUCGCCAGGUUCCUACCAGUUAGCAUCAUUGCGUAUGCAGCGCUGCCACUAGUUCUGCAUAUUCUCGAUGUCAAAUUGGCAAAAUUACCAUCGCAAACAGCCAGGAAACAAGGUAGACUCAACAUAUAUAUGGAGGCUAUGAAGGGACUACAAAACCUGUAUGAUGGUGUUGACGACGUCUGGGCUUUCAUCAGGGGCGCAAUUGACUCUGCAACUUCUGAGACCUUAGAUACAGCUGAUGUCAGCCCUAACAGCGCACUUUGCUCUAAAGCAUCACCUUCUAUCCUGGCCGCUGACGAUUGGGGUAACUUCCUCUUGCAGGAGCCUAUUCUCUACUUCCGCCUCUCACGCACCAUUGAUCUCUCAUUGGCUGUUGGAUGUUAUACUGAGGACUCUUCGCUCAGUCUGUUACUGGCUUCUGCACAAUUCCCAAGUCCAAGUCUUAUGUUUAUUGGUGUUGAUGUUCCUGCUGAAAGCGUGAUCUCUGGCUGUGAUGACGGAUCUACAGAUGAGAAAGGGAACGCAGAGCUUGAAGAAAUUUGUCAAGACAUAAGAUCUGACAUCGGUGACUUGGAUGGAUAUGAUCUUGAUUUGGAUUCUCUUCAGACACCCGAGUUUCUGGAUAUGUUUAAAGUAGACUUGGGAGAUGAGCAGAAAGGCGACACAUAAAUAAUUGUCUAGUUCAUCAAUUUUGCGCAGUUUGCGAAUCUUGGCUAAAAGGGGUAUUUUCCACGUCAAGGGACUUCAAACCACGACUUCGCGCAAUGUAUGCUGGAUGAAGUAAUUGCAGAUUAUUCUUGAGCCAAUGGUAGUUUUUUAGUAACAUAAAUUGCUUCGUAGGCUUACCGACUAGUCCGAAAGAAGACAUCGAAUUAGGUAGACUACAGGGUAACUGCCUCUGUCGGCAUGGUGGGUACUGAUAAGAUAAGCGAG